AUGGGCGUCCAGCCGCGACCGCCCCAGCAGCGAACCCUCAGCAGCUCCGGCCUGUCGGUCCAACGGCCAACCCACCAGCGCACCCUAUCCCAACAGUAUCUGCCUCAGUCGCCCGUUCGUAAGGAGAACCUGAUCGACCUGACCGGCGCCGACAACGAUGCUGCCGUCGCCCAGAACAGAUAUGGCACCCUGCCGCGGAGGGGAGGCUCCCGCCUCAAGCUCGAGUUGUCCAACGACGCCAUGCUCCCUCAGCACCACCCCAGCGACUCGCCAAACAUCCUCACCCCCAACCGCCUCAUGCCCAAGAACGAGCCCUCAAACCUCACCGACAUGAGCUCGCCGGCCUCCGCAAAAGGCCAAUCCAUCGACGUCGAUAACCCGCCCAUGCCCAUGCCGAAACGCCGACCGCGAUUCGUCGUCCCCACACCCAUCAAAGACUCCCCUGCGCCCGUCGUCGCAAUCAAGAAAGACGGCCGCCCGAAGCCCUACCACCUCGAGACUCCCGCCGCCGCCCCCCGAUACGCGCCCUUUGGCAAGCCUCGAUCCGACGCGACGGCGAAACAAGGUUUUGGCGGCAGCGGCGGUGCGCGCGACUCCCAAGACUUGGGCCAUGCCGACUUCUUCCCGUGGACCGGCAACCACCCGGAGGACCAGUGGUCCGAGACCAUCAUCAAGAACGGCUACUUUGAUAAGCCUCCCGCGACCACGGCCGAGACCACGUCCGCCAAGGCCGCACUGUUCCCUGCCCUGAAGCACAAGACUGGGCUUAACUUGCUCUCCAACAUCUUCACCGGCAUUCUGAACCAGCGGAAACUGAAUGGCCAGAUUUCGUCGCCCUCGACCUUCAAGCCGCCACCGCGUGUCACCCUUACCGAUACGAAGCGAGAAAUGUGGCUGAGGGACUUGGCGAACCCCUCCAUAUCGUUGCGCCGCCUCAGCCGAACCAUCCCCCACGGCAUCAGGGGCAAGGUCCUGCUGGACCACUGUCUCAACAAGAAUGUGCCGACCGAGAGGGCUGUGUGGCUGGUCAAGUGCGUUGGCGCGAACGAGAUCCGAUCAGUCAAGAGGAAAGGAACCGGCCCCAACGGCCCUUUCGUCGUUACUGGCGAGGCAAAGUGGCUAAGAGAUUGGACGGUUUUUGUCGAGCAAUUUGUCGAGGGAGUAUCCACGGCCUUUGGCGAUAACGACUGGAAGGCCAAGGUUCAAUAUGCCAUUCGACUCGCGACACAUUUAUAUGCCGAGCAAUUGCUCGAGCGCGACCACUACAUGGACUGGCUCGUAUCCGGGUUGGAAAACUCUACGCAGGCGAAGCUGCCGAUGUGGAUUUUGAUCACACAGAUUUACUGGAAAGAUUUGCUUCGUUUGAGAAGAUAUGGCCGGAGACUAGUCAAUGCGCUCCUCGGCCAUCUCAACACGAUCCAUAACGACCCUGACCGAGACAUUCUUAUCCAACUGUCCGUGAGGUUAACAUCACUACUUAUCCCCCUUGUAUCAUCUCAUCCCGACAACUUUGUUGCACCUGCGACUUGGUUCAAGUACAGGGACGCACUCCUCGCCUCUAUCCCGAUCGACAACGACUUUGCGCAGACCGCAUUCAAAUCGAUCAACUCGAGAAACGAACAGCUGGUUGCGUCGGCGAACAACUCCCAGCCGGCGAACCGCCAAAUACUUGUCAAACAACUUGACACAACUUUUCAAACGAUAUACACAGCCGACCUGGCUACGCAGUGCUGGAUAGUCAGUGAGGACAAGAGCAUGAUUGUGCGAACGCUUUUGGAAUGGUGCACCUCGCCUCACAGACCCGGCGCUGCCAAGGUUUACAUGACUGCCAGCCUCUUGCGAGCCUGGAUUCCGACCGGACUAGACGUGACGACGGCAAUCCUAGAGUUUCUGAGCAAAUGCCCGCCGACCGAGCCGAAUGCGAAGAAGACGUUCCACAUGUUGGUAUCAGAAAUCGCGCGCAGCGGGGACUUUCAGUUUCAAGGAUAUGUCUUCUGGUUGGUUGCGCGAGGUGGUCUUCGGGAACCUUCCGACACGGAACGAGAGGGCUCAUGCGCAACGAGGCUGCUGGUGGACCUGCCGCUUCACGCCUUGGACCCAGCGUCUCUGGCAACGCGAGCGAGCCUACUCCGAAGAGCGACGUACGAUGUCAACGACGAAGCAGAAGAUAUCAACACGGCCCUGAAAUGCAUUCAACAUGCCAUGGGCCUUCCCCUUCCGCCUGGGGACCCGAUUCUCCAGCGAAAGCCCGUCUCUCUGGGUAAACUUUGCCGCCUAAUCUCUGACAGUAACCGUGCUCUUCAGACCGAGGUUGGAGCUCGACUUUUGCAGAUAUUCACGACCGAGACGGUCAUGACCAAGAACGGGCCCCAGGUUUCUGUGCCCAUGUUCAACUUUGCCCGCGCGAUCCUGGAGGCUGCUUCGGACUUUUCCGUGCUGGCUGAAAUUGUCAAGGUCGUUAUCCGUGUGUCGAACCCCGAGAUUCUCGCUUCCUGCGCCGAUACCGUCAACGUACACCUACCGAUCUUCGCCGCUCUCGGCGUGGGCAAGGAGCUUUUCGAUGUGCUGUUGGAAAGACUGAAGGUGGUGGGAGAAGAGCAGGGUGUCGCCGCUCGGCCUCUCUUGGCGUCUUUGGCGAACCUCGCGGCUCGUCUGCCAGGCCUAACGAACACGGCUAUGCAUCUGCGCAAGGAACUCCACCAGUGUGACCGCAACACUGCUAUCGACGCUUGUUCGCCCGUGUCCGAUAACAUGGCUGGCAGGCUCCAGGAUGCCGAAGGGGAACUGCACGAGGAGAUCGAGAAGUUGUUGACCAGCGGGACGAGCGUGGACCGGCCGACUAUGGACCGUCUUUUCCAGACUGUUGUUAGCCGAUUGGAAUCUUCAUGGGCUAACUCACCAGAACGGCAGCGUGCCUACAGUGCGCUCCUUGGCCGACUGCGCAUCUUCGACACCCAACACUUCGACUUGCGAAUGACCGACUGGGUCCAUCACGUCAGCGCGCUCAAGAGCCGGCCUGGCCUUGCGGACAUCUACCCGCUGCUCAUCAGCAUAGGUUGCUUGACGCUGCCGAUCCUCCUCACCACGACGACCGUCGAUUCGAGCAGCGUCGCCCGCAAUCCUGCAGCGCCCGUCAACAGCACGACGACGUACAUGCAGGAGGUACUCAGCCUAUGCGUCAUGCCUCUUGCACUCAAGACGGCGUUGACCCCGGAAGAGACGUAUCGGUUUUAUAUUCAACAGAAGAUUGCGCCUCGUCAGAACCACAAGGACAUGGUGAUCCUCGUUCGAAACGCCCUUGUCGAGUACGCACGCCUGCAAAGUCAACCCGGGAUCCCGUUGCCCUUGUCGAACUCGGCGUGUGGAGACAAAAUGCUAGAACUUCUGAAGCUCCUAGUCUUGCUGGAUGCGCCGUCUGUGGUUCAGUCAUUGGGAACGAAGACAGCGGACCCUGCCCUGAGCGGUUUGUUUGCGCAGAUCACGACCAAGCUUCUGAUGCCGGGAGCUCAGGACGGAACGCCACUUAGUUUCGAGACUGUGCUUGAACUCGCCAAUGAAUUCACCCUCCCGUUCUGCCAGCUAAAGUUGUCCAUCGGCCUGCCCGCAGACACCACUACAAGCCCGGGAGGUGGAGAGCAGGCGAUGUCGCAGUUCGACAUGUUUUCCCGCGCUAUGGACCGGGCUGUGUCCGCGAACAACGUCAUGUGGACGAGCAUGUUGCCGUAUCUCAACGAGGAGGUUACGGAGCACCUCAAGAGGCAGGCUCAUCUGCGGUUCCUCGGCCUCUUUCCGUCUCAGAAGAACCCUUCGUCUUCCGACCCCCUUUCUCAGGACAGCAUCCAGCUUGCUGGCAGUUUGUUGUCUGUGGUCGAGGCGAUUGUCCGUGGCCGCCCGGCACCGAGGACUUCCCAACUUACCUCCGGCAUGGUAGAGAAGCUAUCGGAACUUUGGGAGAUCCUGGCAGCUGGCGGUGACGACAAGCGGGAGCUACGCGCUUCUAUCCUGAGGCAUUGGCUUCCGGCGCUGCUGAAGUUCAUCACUCUCCACACGAACGCCAACGAAGCAGCACCUGUCCCGGCCCAAGGGGCGAACAUGAAACCUCCAACCAGUACCACCGCCUUCGAGAUCCGCGGACGGGUUCUUAUCGUCCUGGCUGGCCUCACUCUCGAGCUAGACGGGCUCGCUUUCGAAGAGCCCCAGACCGGCCGACCCCUGACCCAGCAAGUCUUCGACCUGGCCCUGCUGCUCGUCGACAACCUGCCCGAUGACACGCGCCUGCAGUGCGUACGUGUCCUGCUGAUGAACGGCACCCCGCAAAACCCUGCGUCCUCCGACGCCCGCCUGCGAUACCUCUUCAGCCAGAUGGCCCCGCCGACGGACCAGUUCGUGCUCGCCCACCGUCAGCAACCCACCACACAGCAAGCCGGUCCACCGCGACUCAAGGUUCCCAUCUCCAUGCAAGGAACCGACAAGCUCACGCCGUUCACCUACCGCAGAUGGGAGAUGCUUAGCGAGCCGACCCCUAAUAUUGGAGAAAACGACACGGCGUUGAGCCUCACCUUAUUCGAGGCCAUCAAGAUUCAGUAA